AUGGCAAGCAGAUUUAUUCAUAUUGAAAGCCCUGUCCAGCUAUUAGAUUGUCUUAAAGCAUGGAACAAGCUUACUCUUAAAGAAAAAUUUUAUGCUCACUACUACUCCAAAGCUUGCUGGGAAGGCAGUAAAAUUUGCUACUUCCAAAAAUCUUAUGAAUCUCCAGGGAUUUUCCUAUUGCUCCAAGAAAUUUUCUCAGUCCCUAACAUCAGUCAAAAAUAUGAAGAAGCUGGCUUUACAGAGCUAGAUAUCAAGCAAUUUAAAGCAUAUGCAGCUGGAAUCUACACUAAUUGUGGCAAUUAUCUUAGUUUUGGAGACACAAAAAUAGUCCCAGAAAUUUCUCAAGAAAAGCUCGAUGCUCUCGUAAGCAGCGUUAAUUCAGAUAGAGUCGCUUAUAUUUGGAAUUUAAUAAAAAAUGUAGUUUAUGACUAUAGUCCUAGCAGAAGGCAGCUUGGGUUUCCAGAUAAAGGAGGAGUGACUUCAUAUUACUCAAGCAAUAUAACAUCGCAAGAUGCAGAACUCGCCAAAAAUUUCCUUCAAAGUGUAAACCUCGUUGACUUGCACUUUAACAGUAGACUUUGGAAGGUAGGUGAUCAAUAUGAAAUACGCGUUGCCAGCAAAUCUCAGCAUUGGUUCGAAAAUUUGGGAGAGUAUACUUAUGAAAGCAAAAGGUUUAAAAUUGUUAAUGGUGAUUUCAGCGUAUUUUUAGCCCGUGUAGUUGACAACUUAGCAGACACUCUUCCUUAUUGUGCGAAUGUGACUCAAGAAAAAAUGAUUUCAGAGUAUAUUAAACACUUUAAUACAGGAAAUAUUGUUGACCAUAAAAAUGCACAGAGGGAAUGAAUCAAAGAUAAAGGCCCAGUUGUAGAGACUAAUAUUGGGUUUAUUGAAACAUAUGUGGACCCAUUACAAAUUAGAGCAGAAUUCGAAGGUUUUGUGAGCUUUGUGGACAAAGAAACAAGUGAAAAAUUCCAUAAUCUUGUGAAUAAUGCAGAUUCAAUUAUAGCAAAACUGCCUUGGAGUAAUGUAUUUGAAAAGGAAAAAUUCCAAGCUCCUGAUUUUACGUCACUUGAAGUCUUAGCAUUUGCGACCUCUGGGGUACCAAUUGGCAUCAAUUUACCUAAUUAUGAUGAAAUAAUCACAAAUGAAGGCUUCAAGAAUGUAAAUUUGGGCAAUGCUUACCCAAAGCCGAAAGCCAAAAAUUUACAGUUUCUGACUCCUGAAGACGUUCAAUUAAUUAUUGACUGCUAUUUUAACAGUGAAACCAUCGCAGUUGCAACUCAUGAAUUACUAGGACAUGGCACAGGUAAAUUCUUAAUCAAAGGUAAGGACAACACUUUCAAUUUUGAUACAAAUGCAAUAAACCCUGCAACAGGAGCCGUAAUAGACUCAUUCUAUAGCCAUGAGGAGUCUUGGAAAAGCAAAUUCGGAGAAAUUUCUUCUGCUUAUGAAGAAUGCCGAGCUGAAACAGUGGCUGUUUAUUUAUCAUGCUUCCCUGAAGUAUAUCAAAUCUUUGGUGUUGAAGAUUUUAUAAGGCACAGAAAUAUGACUUGGCUUUAUAUGGCUUAUCAAGGUGUAAAAGGCCUUCUUUAUUGUCCAGAAUCAAAUAAAUGGGGUCAAGCUCACUGCUGUGCAAGAUAUAUGAUUUUUAGAGUGAUGCUUGAGGCUGGGGAUGAUUUUUUGAAAGUUGAGUUUACAGAUGAUGGGCUAUUUUUGGUCAAAAUGGAUUACAAUAAAAUUGAGAGUGUCGGAAUGGCUGCAAUUUCAAGAUUUUUGACUAAGCUGCAUUGCUUUAAGUUCAGUGGAGAUGUGGUCAGAGGUAAAGAAGUAUUUGAUAAGUAUUCUGCAAUUGAUGAGCUUGCUAAUAGAUUGAGGCAAAUUAUAGUAGCUAAUCAAAAACCAAGGGCCUUAGAUGUGCAAUGCAACGUAAACUUGGAAGGGAAUGAGCCUGUAUUGGUAGGGUAUGAAGAGAGCUUUGAUGGGAUUAUUGACUCUUUUAAAGAAAGAUUUCCAGUUUAUGACGAAGAAAUGUUUGCAUGCUGGGAUAGUGAAUUUUCUUCAAAUAAAUCCUAA